AUGUCUUAUCUAGCCGAUCAUGACGCUCCUGUCACUAUGCUGUCUGUGAAGGAGAAAUUCUUUCCGCAGCUAAGUGACAAAGAGGCUCUUUAUGCGCAUUUCAUGUCGAAGGCCUCGCAUGCCGGUACAAGAGUGGUUCUGAGACAGGUCUCUAGCGAGAGUGAGCCUAUCUUCGACCUAGUAAUGACUAUCCAUCAGAAACUGGGAGGCAGCUAUGAUGGAAUUGAGCUGGCUCCAAACGAAAUACAGUUUUACCUCGAGUAUGUGUCUCAGUUCUUGACCAACCUGGGUAACUUCAAGUCCUUCGGUGACGUUAAAUUCAUCCCCCGUUGUAGAAUCGAAUCUUUCAAGAGCAUUGUACAAGCUGCAUCCAUUGACUUGGGACAACAUUUGCGCACCGUUUGUGGUAACCAAUAUAGCCAUGUCUCUUUGCCUUACACUAGCGUGAAUGACCUCAUCGAGCAAGGGAUCUAUUACGUUGACGACAAAGUUUCUCUUCUGGGAUAUACAGCAGAUGGCUACACAUCUUCUUAUUACAUGGGUCAAGGCAUAAGCCUCGAGGAUAUGAAGUUGCUGAAGGAGGAAUUAUUCGGAAAAUACAACAUCUUGCCCGAAAAUACAAGAAUCUACAAGAGAGCAAACGAUGAGUUUUAUAUAUUUGUUGCGUCUGGAGCAGUCGAAAACGAACUAGAACAAUACCCCAAGGGCGUCAUUACCCUAAGCAAUGGAACUAAAGUAAGCUUUAAGUUCGGUGACCACACAAGAGAAAUGCAGUUGAUCAGCAAGUACUUGGCAGAGGCCAAAAAAUACGCAGCCAAUGAAUACCAGAUUAAGAUGCUGGAUGAAUACAUUCGUCAUUUUGAGACAGGCUCCUCUCAUGCUCAUAAGGAGGCACAGAAGUACUGGGUUAAGGAUAUUUCGCCCGUUGUUGAAACUAACAUAGGCUUCAUUGAAACUUAUAGAGAACCAUCGGGUAUCAUCGGAGAGUAUGAAUCCCUAGUAGCAAUUCAGAAUAAGGAAAGAACCAAGAAAUUUGGCGCAAUGGUCUCAAGAGCAGAGGAAUUUAUUUCUGAACUGCCAUGGUCAGCAGAUUUCGAAAAACCAAAAUUUAAUCCACCUGAUUUCACUUCAUUAGAGGUUUUAACUUUUACUGGCUCCGGUAUACCGGCUGGUAUUAACAUUCCAAAUUAUGACGACGUAAGAUUGAACAUUGGUUUCAAGAAUGUCUCUUUAGGUAAUAUCUUAAGUGCCUCCGCUAAGGCGUCAGCAAAACAUCCACCAACUUUUAUUAAAUCUGAAGACCGUGGUAUAUUUGAGAAAUACCAAAGCGAUUCAUUUGAAGUUCAAGUAGGUAUCCAUGAACUAUUAGGCCAUGGUUCCGGAAAGUUGCUGUGCCAGAUAGAAGAUGGAUUCAAUUUUGAUAUUGAAAAUCCACCAACUGGCCUAGAUGGUAAACCAGUAAGCACAUAUUAUAAACUGGGUGAAACAUGGGGUUCUAAAUUUGGCCAACUUGCCGGUGCAUUUGAAGAAUGCCGUGCAGAGGUUAUUGCCAUGUAUCUGAUUACAAAUAGAGAAUUAUUGUCAAUUUUUGGAUUUACUGAAAAGACAGACCAAGAUUCUAUCAUUUAUGCUGGUUACUUACAAAUGGCUCGUGCUGGUUUAAUGGCGUUGGAAUUCUGGGAUCCAAAAACUAGAAAAUGGGGUCAGCCUCAUAUGCAAGCAAGAUUCUCAAUAAUGAAAACUUUCUUAAAACAUUCUUCUGACCCAAACUUCCUGAGAAUUAACUUUGAUGAAACUAAACCAAACGACCUUCAUAUCGAUUUGAACCCAGACUUGAUCGAAAGUGUAGGCCACGCAUGUGUCAAAGAUUAUCUUCAUCAUUUACACAUCUAUAAAUGCUCAGGUGAUGUCGAACAAGGUAGCGCUUACUUUAUUGACAGAUCGACUGUAACUGAAGAUUUGGCUAAGAUGAGAGAUACCGUUAUAUCAAAGAGAUUGCCAAGACGCCAAUUCAUCCAGGCAAACUCGGAGAUAGUCGACGGUAAAGUACUGCUCCAUGAAUAUGAAGAAACUGCCAUCGGUAUGAUUCAGUCAUUUGCUGAAAGGGAGUUCUAG